AUGGACGAUUUUGAUGAAAAUAAUAAUGUUAUUGAAAAAAAUGAAUUAAAUGAUAGUGAAAUUUGUUCAUAUAAUAAAGUAGGAAAACUCACAUCAGAAAAAUAUUUGUCUGAAUUGAUAAAUGAAGAGAUAUUUUUUAUUGGUGAAAUUAUUAGUUUACAAGAUAAUAUAAUUAACUUGAAAUCAGUCAAUGGAAAUUGCGUUGAAUGUAUUAUUAAAGAUAGAAAUUUUAAAACUGAUUCCAAAUAUAUAGGAAUAAAAGGAAUUGUAUCAAAUAACUUAAAAAUAAUUGAAACAAGAGGUAUUAUACCAUUGGAAGAUAUUAAUUUUGAAAUAGUUAAUGAAUAUAUAAAUAUUUAUAUGGAGAAUAUGAACUCUGAAGUUUUCUUAUCAUCCUAUUAA